AUGGAGCCCUUUCAAGUGCGCCUCAACUGGGUGGAUCACUACCAAGCAACCCCGUCAGAAUUUGAUCCUCUACAAUAUGGGAAUGAAAAUUCUGGAAAAGAUGACAAGUCGAAGGUACCUGUCAUCCGGAUCUUCGGAGCUACAGAGACCGGCCAAAAGAUCUGCGUUCAUGUACAUGGUGCCUUCCCAUAUCUAUACAUCGAAUAUGAUGGUCCUUUGACAUCUGAAAAAGGUUGUCUCCAUCUGUCAAUCGAUCACGCGCUGGCAGUGAGCUAUCGCCACAAUGACAACGGUAAAAAAGCUGCAUUUGUUGCUCAUAUCACCCUGGUCAAGGGUAUUCCGUUUUACGGGUACCAUGUGGGAUAUCAGUUUUUCUUCAAAAUAUAUCUCCUAAAUCCUUUAUACGUCACUCGAUUGGCAGAUCUUCUACUUCAAGGUGCGGUGAUGGGGCGUUCAUUUCAGCCAUACGAGAGUCAUAUGCAGUAUAUCCCCCAAUGGAUGUGCGACUAUAACUUGUACGGAUGUGCGUAUAUCAGAUGCAGCAAAGUCAAGAUUCGCUCUCCUGUGCCAGACUACCUCGAACUCACUGAUUUGUCUCACCGUUGGCAUGACCGGUCGAUCCAGCCUGAGUGCGUAUCAGACGAAACGGUUCUUCCGAAGCAAAGUCAUUGCUUACUAGAAGCGGACAUCUGCGUUCAAGACAUUCUGAAUCGCACGGAUACCAAGGAAAGACCUAUACACCACGAUUUUACGGAGAUGUUCAAACCCGUUGCUCCCAACGAGCGGCUGGUUCCGAGCAUGGCUGGCCUGUGGCAAGAUGAAACCAGAAGGCGCAAAAAGCGACUCGGUAUUGACGAGCCGGGAAGUAGCCCAUUUGGCCCCGAAGAGCUUAUUUCGAUGUCGGCCGAUCCACGAGGUAAUAGUGAUGGAGGCUGGAUCCAUGAAGAGGAAUUUCGCGAAAUGGUCCUUCAAAGUGCUGCCGAGGAGAAGCGCCAUAGCGGCGGUAAAGAUGUCAACUUUGAGAACUUCCUUAAGAAGAAUCCUUUCGAGGAUAGCGUUAAGACUGCACUUGAAAGCAUAGAAGACCUUUUCCCGGAGAAACUUGAGCAGUCGAGCUUCGAGAUGUAUCAAGCUCGCAACGCAGGCGGGCGAGGCGAUGCGGAAAUUUCUGUGGAUGAAAGCGCGGUCCUGGCAUCUCAGCGUGACGGGGAUCAUUACAGCUCAGAUGGCGAUCUUACUGACAAACUUGAUGACACUGACGAAGCCGCUGAUCCCUUCGAUGAUGAGCUUGGUGAUGGGCUUUUUGACAUGAACUUUCAGAACCUUAAAGGACAGCAAGGCUCAAAUAAGGAGAACUUCCCUCAAGUUGAUCCCAAGGACUCCUCAGAAGACCAUCUUGGCGAAACUUCCGAAUCAGAAAGCGAAUUAGAGCGCGGCAAUACCAACGGUGAUCCCCGAAACGCAACCCUUAAACGGUCACGAUUUGUAAAAACUGAUGGCGACAUCUCGUGCAAAAGACAAAGAACCCCUAGGGGACAGCACCUACACAGUUCACAGACGUCCUCAUCCCAGGAUCACCCACAACCGGCGAAGUUAACUACCCAGGACGUAAAUGGUACCACUGACCGUGCUCCUGGCACACAGGAUCGUAAACUGACACCUCGACCAAAACCAUCCUCCCAAACCGCCAAUCGACCCAAAGGGUCCACGCAAGAUAGCAGACUCAAUUUUCCCGUUGUAAAGAAUUCCAAUAAUCCCAGCCCAGCUUUGCGAUUCAGCCAGGAAGGGGAUCUUACUCCCAAAGCAACAGCGGACACUCUCGCGACCCAGGAAAACCCAAUCUCGUCAAAAACUGUCGCCAAGUUUUCUCAAGAAGCGCAGACAGGGACAUCUUCGCAGCUGCAACCAUUCUCUACGGAUACUGGCUCGGACAUCUAUAGCUCGCCCGUAUAUGAGGUCGCAUCGAAUAUCUACCAGUCUUUUGACAAUCUCCCCGACACACGGAUAUGCUGUUUUCGAGCUCCUUGUCCCACCCCCGAUGAAGUAUCUUUAACGCUCAAUGAUCAUGGUUAUCCAUCCGUUAUCUACCAGAAAGCCCAUUAUAGCGAUGAGAAGGAUGUACAUGAUCGACCACGCGAAUAUGCAGGCCGCGAGUUCCGCUUGGAAGGGACCAGCAUCCAUUAUCUUCCAGACUUUGAUCCUUCGGGAAGAUCUCCCGCGAUGCUUGGCGAGCAAGGUGCCGUUUCAGUUGAUCGGGAUAACCGAGAAGUAAUCGAUCAGCAACUACGGGAAUCCACUUCCUGUAGAGUCUGGGAGUUUGCACCUGUUCCGCCCAGUCGCUCAGAGGUUGUGGAAUGGUUUGAAAACAUGAUGUCUGAUUUGAAGUCUCAGCCAGCACAAGGAAGAGAAACCCAGAUCGAACCAAACCUGAAACCUAAUGUGCUUUCCCAAAUCGAAGGCCCCACGCAAAAGGACCAUAGCACCAAAUAUACCGCCAAAGAUCAGUCGACAAGCAUGGAGCAUCAAAAUCAGUAUAUGAGUAUAAUGAGCUUGGAAGUCCACGUGAACACCCCUGGGGUGCUUUCGCCAAAUCCCGAGGAGGACGAGGUUUCAUGCGUAUUCUGGUGCAUCCAGUCAGAAGAUGAGGGUCUCGACCCUAAUGAUAACAUUCCUGGCGUCCACGUGGGAAUGAUAUACCAAGGAGAAGGCGACGUGCCAGAGACAAAGAUCGUUCGGGCCCUAAGAAUCGAGACGGACCAGCAAACUACCGAACUUGACCUUAUCAACCGGGUGGUGGAUAUCGUCAGAUAUUACGACCCAGAUAUCAUCACCGGGUAUGAAGUCCAUAACAAUUCCUGGGGCUAUCUGAUCGAGAGAGCACGGAAGAAGUACUAUUUCGAUCUAUGCGAUGAGCUAUCGAGGGUGAAGUCUCAAGCACACGGAAUAUUCGGCAAAGACAGUGACCGUUGGGGCUUCAACCACACUUCCUCCAUCCGCGUGACAGGCCGACACAUAAUCAACAUCUGGCGAGCUAUGAGGAGCGAGCUUACCUUGCUUCAAUACUCGAUGGAGAAUGUCGUCUUCCACGUCCUACAGCGCCGGAUACCUCACUACUCAUUUCGAGACCUUACAGCGUGGUACCAGAGCGGGAAACCUCGCAACCUUAUGAAGCUCGUCAGUUACUACGCCUCUCGCGUGCAAGUGAACUUAGAGAUCCUGGAGUCAAAUGAAUUGAUAACGCGAACCAGCGAACAAGCAAGACUGCUGGGCGUGGAUUUUUUCUCCGUCUUCUCGCGAGGCUCACAAUUCAAGGUUGAAUCUCUGAUGUUCCGAAUUGCAAAGCCUGAGAACUUCAUGCUUGUCUCUCCGAGCAGGAAACAAGUCGGGCAACAAAACGCGCUUGAAUGUCUCCCACUGGUUAUGGAGCCUCAAAGCGACUUCUACACGAGCCCUCUCGUUGUACUGGAUUUCCAGUCACUAUAUCCUAGUGUUAUGAUAGCAUAUAAUUACUGCUACUCAACCUUCCUGGGAAGAGCACGUCAAUGGCGAGGUCGGGAUAAGAUGGGCUUCAUGGACUACGAACGACAACCACGACUUCUGGAACUACUCAAGGACAAGAUUAACAUUGCACCAAAUGGAAUGGUGUACACAAAGCCCGAAGUGCGAACAUCCCUUCUCGCAAGAAUGCUCACGGAGAUCCUGGAAACCCGCGUGAUGGUCAAAACGGGCAUGAAACUGGACAAAGACGACAAAAUUCUACAACAUCUCCUCAACAACCGCCAACUAGCCCUCAAAUUAAUCGCAAACGUCACAUACGGUUAUACCUCCGCCUCGUUCUCGGGCCGCAUGCCUUGCUCAGAGAUAGCAGACAGCAUCGUUCAAUCCGGACGGGAGACACUGGAGAAAGCCAUCGCCCUGAUUCAUUCUGUGGAAAGCUGGGGCGCUGAGGUCGUCUACGGAGAUACAGACAGUCUCUUCGUCUACCUCAAGGGCCGAACACGCGAAGAAGCAUUCGACAUUGGCGAAGAGAUCGCAAAAACCAUCACUGACAUGAACCCACGUCCCGUGAAACUCAAGUUCGAAAAAGUAUACCACCCCUGCGUCCUCCUCGCCAAGAAACGAUACGUAGGUUUCAAAUACGAACACCGCGACCAAAAAGAACCCGAAUUCGACGCAAAGGGCAUCGAAACAGUCCGUCGGGACGGUACACCAGCGGAACAAAAAAUCGAAGAAAAAGCCCUCAAAACCCUCUUCCGCACCGCAGACCUAAGCCAGGUCAAGAGCUAUUUCCAGAAACAAUGCACGAAGAUUAUGCAAGGCAACGUCUCCAUCCAGGACUUCUGCUUCGCUAGAGAAGUUCGACUAGGGACGUACAGCGAGCGAGGUCUCCCUCCACCAGGUGCACUCAUCAGCAUUAAGAAAAUGCUCCUGGAUCCCCGUCUUGAACCUCAAUAUGGAGAACGAGUUCCCUACGUCGUCGUCACCGGUGCCCCAGGGUCAAGACUGAUCGAUCGAUGCGUGGCGCCCGAGACCCUCCUCAACGACGCACAACUAGACCUCGAUGCGGAAUACUACAUCACGAAGAACAUCAUCCCGCCACUCGAACGGAUCUUCAACCUCGUAGGCGUCAAUGUCCGCCAGUGGUACGACGAAAUGCCCAAAUUCCACCGCAUCCGCCGCAUCGAAGGAGGAACCACAACCGCUUCCUCAUCUUCAUCCUCUUUAAUACCACAAACAACAAUGACAAUCGGCAAAACUCUCGAAUCCUACAUGAAGUCCUCCCUCUGCCUCGUCUGCAAAACCAACAAAAUCUCCGAAUCCACCAAUCCCAGUCACAAGAACCUGCCGCUUUGCAACAACUGCCUCCAAACACCGCACAUAUCUCUCCUCGCUCUGACUUCGCGCAGACAAGUAUCCGAGAAGCGCGUUCUGGAUCUCCAUCGUAUCUGUCGCUCGUGCAUGGGCGUUUCGUUUGGUGAUGAUGUGAAUUGUGAUAGUAAGGAUUGUCCGGUUUUUUACUCGAGGACAAGGCAUAUGGCGAAUUGGAGGCACGCGAGGGUUGUUUUGGAACCGGUUGUGAAGGCGUUGCAGGAUUGGGGCGAUGAUAAUUUUGUUGGGAGCGCGAAUGGGAGUUUGGAUUGGUAG